AUCUAUAUAUGAAACAAGGGCAGAGAACAUACCAGGAAUAUAAAAGCUGGAUAGUGAAAAUAGAGCUGAGUACUAUAUAUGAAACAAGGGCAGAGAACAUACCAGGAAUAUAUAGUGAAUAUAGAAUACAGGAAUAUAGUGAAUAGUGAAAAUAGAGCUGAGUACUAAUCUCUUCCUUAAAAAAUGAGAUGAGCAGGAUGAGGAAAAAUAAUGACAAAAAAUGGCUUUUUAUUCCACCUUUCAAUGUCUUUAUUUUUGGUUAUAUUGGAGGUAAAAGGAGCAUUAAAGAAGGAAUAAUUGACAACAGGGAAAAGUCAGAGAUAAUUGCAUUUUAAUUUUGCUUCUGCUUUCUCUCUCAAGGGGAUCAGGAGGAAAAAAAAAAGAACAAAAGUAGUAGGAAGACAGUUAAAGAACCCUUAGUUUCCAUUUAUGAAUUCAACUUUCUUGCCAUACAUAAAGAAAAAUAAAAUCAGUUUGACUGAAUUGAGGAAGGGAAUGAUGUUCUAUCAUAUUGGGGAUCAGUUUUAAAGGACCUUAAAUAUGAAACAGAGGAAUUUAUACUUCCUUUUCAAGUGGGAAUUCUUAACCUGGGAGCCAUGAACUUGUUUUAAGAAAUGUUUUCAUAACUGUAUUUCAGUAUCAAUGGGUUUAACUUGUUAUCCAUCACCUAAAUUAUUCAAAAGCUGCUAAAGGUAAUGGAGUUCCUCUUAUUAGGCUUCUUUAAGCAGUACUUGGAUGAUUCUUUUCAAGUUUGUGAAGGAGAGAUUCAUUUGGAGUUAUGGGUUAGGUUAAAUGAUCACUGAGGUCACUUCCAAUUCUAAAGUUGUGAAAUUAUAUGAUUCCAUCUCUGAGACUCAAUAACUAUAAUUUUUGUACCUUAUAUUUAAGUUACUUCUCAUUAAUUCAAGAAUAAAGCUUUUUAGUUUGGGUUUUUUUGGGGGGAGAGAGGAAGCAGUUGGGAUUAAGUGAUUUGCCUAUGGUCACGCAGAUGGUAAUUAUAAAAUGUUUGAAGUCACAUUUGAACUCAGGUCCUCAUGUCUCUUAGGUUUGUGCUCAAUCCACUGUAUCACCUAGUUGCUCCAAGUAAAGCUUUUUAAACAUAACUAACCCAACUUCCUUAAGAUAUUCUACCACAUAAACUAUAGUAGAUUACAGAAAUUUAGACAGCAAGGUAGUAUUCAUUCUCUGUAACCUCAAAGUAUUUGAGACAAAGGUCUAUUUGAAGGGAAUAAAACACACAAGGUAUGGCUUUCUGUGCUUCAGGGAAGAAUAUGAGAAAAGGAAGAGUAAAAGCACAAAAAGAAAAGAAAAAAAGUUAGAUAGGAAGAGGGCAAGAUGAGGCAAGGAGGGCAAAGGGAAGAAGAAAGAGGAAGGAAAAGAAAAAGCUGUAGUAGGAGAAGAAUAUGAAGAAGACAAAGAAGAUUAAGAAAAAGAAGAGGACAAUGAAAAUGAAGAUGAAAUUGAAGACAAUGAACAAGAAAGAAGAAGAAAGAAAGAAGAUGAAGAAGAAAAAGAAGGAGAAGGAGAAGAAGGAAGAAAGAAGAAAGAAGAAUCGAGUUGGGUCUGACAAUGUAGAGAAAAAAGUUAGGAGAGAAAUUUCUGCUCCCUGUUCUUUAGUAUGAAUGAAGGGGUUAGAAUCUUAGUGUUAAUUCAAUGGAAUUGAUACAGUGCUUAUUGGUUCACACAUUAGAGCAAAUCCUUACAAGGUGUUGUCACUAAUAUUGAUAGAAAUAAAGCUUAAGUUAACAUCUUUGAGAGUUCACACAUUAGCUCACACAUUGGAGUUCACAAGUUCAGGAGAUUCACAAGUCAGAAACCCACAAUUCCAGAGAAGGAAUUCUCUCUCUCAGAGAAAGAGUCAACCUUUAGGUUCACACUUUUAAGAGGUCAUAUAUAAGAAGAUUACAGAGGCUCAGUCAGUUAGUCAGUCAAUGGAGGAGACUGAGUCGGAGUUGAGCUAGAGGCAGAAGCUAGAAGAGCCAAAAGACAACCUGCAAGAGCUCUUGGAACCAAGGAGGGAGAGAGGCCUCUAAGAAAGCUAACCAAACCCAAGGAAACAGAUAAGACUUGGAAGGAGAAAAUAAACGUUUGGAUUUUAUCAGCUGGCUGUAUUUGAAGUGAUUAUUACUUGGAACUGAAACUAAUGCUGCCUCUGAAAACCUCCCCAAGAAACCUGCAUCUAGAGAGAACCAUCAUAUAUUAUAUAAAAGAAGAGAACACCACAUGAAGGAAUGAGAAAGUUGGAGAAUUGUAAGGUCGUAGGGUCUGUUUGUAAAUAAAGCACUAUAUUAAUAAUUGAUAUUGUUAAUAUUUGCUAUUAUCAAUCUGGAAGGCUAAGAGAUCUAUAGAGGUUAGGGUUAAUAAGAAAGUUUUCUUGGAUGAGUUGAGUAGUAAAUUCACCUUAAAGAAAAUAAGGGGUAGUUGGCAGAAGUGAAGGGCAGGAAAGAUUGAGGAGACCUAACUCAAUAGAAUGGAAAAUAUUAUAUUAAAUAAUAGAAUGAGAAAGAAUUUUGAAUAGGGAAGUUUUAGGUUAUGGAAGUCCUGAAUGCCAGACUGAGGAAUUUUAUCAACAGUAACCUACCCCUUAUUUUAUUUCCAUGAAAUUUGACUAUAUAGCCUAAGCAAAGCUCCAAGCAUGAAAAGUCCUUCUGUUAAUGACACAGGGUUACCUCCCUUCACUCUAAUUGGUCUUCCAGGUCUUAAAGCCUCCCAACACUGGGUGUUCUUGCUGCGUGGAGCCCUCUACACUGUCUUUAUUGUGGGAAAUGGCCUAAUUCUUUUCAUUGUCAAAGAAGAACAGAGUCUGCACCAGCCUAUGUACUAUUUCUUGUCCUUGCUUUCUGUCAAUGACCUUGUUGUGUCCUUGUCCACACUGCCCUCAGUGUUAGCCACUUUCUACUUCCAUAUCAAGCAGAUUGCCUUUGACACUUGUAUGACACAGAUGUUCUUUAUCCACCUCUUCUCUUUCAUGGAGUCUGAGAUCCUACUGGCCAUGAGCUUUGAUCAUUAUGUAGCUACCUGUAACCCACUGAGGUACUCUACCAUUCUCACUGAUGCUCGAGUUCUACAAAUGGGCCUGUUUAUUGGUACCACCAUUGGUGGUUCUUCCAUUGCCCUUCCUUCUGAAGCGUCUCCCUUCUGCAAAGCCAACAUCUUGUCUCAUGCUUACUGUUUAUAUCCAGAUCUGAUUCACCUACCCUGUGGAAUAUCAGUGUCAAUAACAUCUUUGGCCUUUGUGUUAUCAUUUGUACUGGAUUCUGUACUUAUCCUCCUCUCCUACAUUCUCAUCCUUUGCUCUGUCCUGGCUAUUGCCUUCCAAGAAGAGAAGCUUAAAACACUCAACACUUGUGUAUCUCACAUAUGUGCAGUACUAAUCUUUUAUGUGCCCAUGUUGGGUGUAUCCAGGAUGCAUCGUUAUGGGAGAUAUGCACCACCAUAUGCAUAUGUAUUAAUGUCACUUAUCUACCUAUUUGUUCCUCCCAUGUUCAAUCCUGUCAUCUAUUCUAUCAAGACAAAGGAGAUACGUAAAAAGCUCAUUUUCUGUGAUUAAACUGUGAACUAUAGAAAUUGGAGUGAAA